CUCAUAACUCCACUUGAGAAGUUGAAACCGAAGCGUCUACUUGAUCUAGUCUUCUGUCAGAUUGUUGGCGAUGUCUUGGAAAAUGUCACACCUCGCUUGACACCCAACGAUGUACGCGUCCUUCGCAAUACGAUUGGAGAAAUUCUUCUUAACAGCUCUCUAAAUCAAUUGCUAUUUCAACCAACAGCAGUGAAGCGAAUGGUUAUUGAUGCAGCAAAACAAUGCCCUUACUAUUUUGGUCGUUUCUAUGCUAUUGAGCCUACAGACGGAUCGGAAAAGUCGCGGGUGUACAACUGGUGCAUAGUGGGACACAAAUCUAUCCGCUUUGUGCAACAAAAGAAGAACGAACGCAAUUUGGAGCCCUAUGCCGAGGUGCCAUUAGCCAGCAUUGUGAGCUGCGACGCCUUGUUUAAAGAGCGUCCGAUGCCCCAGCGACCGAUCGCGGGUCAAAAGUACCUCGUCAACACCAAAGGUAUCCGUCUCACUGAUGAACCCAACUACGUCGCCAUCAAAGACGACAAAGGACACAUCUAUGAUAUGUACACUACUUACGCCGAUGAUCUGAAACGCCUUAUCAACAUUUUCGUCGCCGAAUACAAUAUACGGAGGCAAAAUACUUCUGAUGUAUCAAAACCGCCAAGAGGAGGUCGUGAAAAGACAUAUGUUGAUUAUAUGUCGGACACCGUGUCUAUUGCCUCUAUGCGCUCUGCUUACAGCAACGUGUUGGAGGCUCUGGUUCCUUUUGGAAGGGAGCACUUCAAGGACAAACAGAAGUCACCUGUGUUGCAGUUCAGUGCAUUUAAUCCCGCCUACUCUAAAUUUUUUAGGAGAAACAUUGGAAAACAGCUCUCCUGGCAAUCGACGCCUUUGAAGUACGGAUCCUUGAUCAAACUCUCGGAUCCCAAUGCAGUCGAAUCUGCGUCAAGGAUAUUCGAAGCUAUUCUCGAACUCUGUCAAGAGCGUCAACCGUCAAAAUCACCCGUCGCUCUUGUUCAACGAAUACUCAAGUUGGCUAAGCGUCAUCCGUCCCUCCAAGACGAAGUCUUCUGCCAGUUGGUGAAACAGACGAACAAAAAUGAGAGCGAGAAUCCAAAUUCUUUGACUAUGGUUUGGACAAUAUACGCCAUUUGCACCAUGUUCUUGACCUGCUCACCAAAGCUGCGGACAAUGCUUCUUGAGCACGCGAAGAGCAUAACCCUUCAUGAUCAGAAAGCGCAAACGCUAGCCGCGACGGUGAUUGGAAACCUAGACAAGGUGGAGAAGUACGGCCCGCGCCAGGCCCUUCCACCCGACGCUGAGGUUGACGCUUACUUGAGGGGUGAGAUGACUUGCAAGCAUCGGAUCAACCUGCCGGCUCGCUGUGCCAUCUCAGUUAACGUUUCCCCCAUGUCGCAAAUCGGCGAGGUCUCCUUUAUGCUCUCUGAGCAACUCAACAUCACUCAGACCAAAGAGAGGCUGGAGUUCACUCUUUUCCGUCUGCCUUCGAAGCCUCUGGAUGGAAUCGCAAAUCUGAGCCUGAUCCCAAUCGAAUUAAAAACAUACUACUUUGACUGUUGCCCCUAUGAUGAAGGCAACGAGGACUCGGCCCUCUUCUACCGACGGGUGUGUUGGUGGACCCAACCCGAUCUGACAAAGCGAUCCCCUGAGUACAUAAAAGUCUUAUUCGAUCAGAGAGAGCUCAUACAGAUGGCUGUCUACCUCUCCUUUAUCUUCUCAACUGGCUCAAAACUGACCCAUCUUGACUCAACGUGUGUAAGAAAAGCGAUAGGCUCAACCAUCGUUGGUGCCGCCAUCGAUAUGUUCAAUUGGACGAACAUGAAGCUGUUAGGAAGCCACAUUAAACAGGCUGAUGCUUGCAAUUGUGCAAAGCUCCAUUCACGUGUACUCAUAAAUUACAUGAAAGGACCAAAGCCAAGACAUGGGCACAUCAUUAUGCAACAUGAAAAGCUUAAGAUAUUUUGGGACAUUCAUGUCUAUUGUAGCGAAGAGGCGGUUGAUUUGAUGCCUCGUGGUGUUGGCAUUCGGAAGAGGGAAUGGACAAGACAACUCUUGGAUGCGGUUUCGAAAUGCCCCGAAAUGACCCCUGCGGAAGCUCGCAAAAAUCUUAUUACUGCAAUUUCGCACUGGCCUCUCUACGGUGCAACCUGUUUUCACGGUUUCUUGAAGACACUUCCGGAGUCCCAAUCUCCUCGAGUGUUUCAGAAGUACUACGAAAACAUUGAUGUCACCAAAUCUCCCAUUCCGAUUCUCGUGGCCAUCUGCCGUAGCUCCAUCUGCUUCCUUCAUCCCGUACGCCGUGUCAUCCUCAUGAACAUUCCCAUCUCCGAUCUCAAGCGAGUUAGGAAAAUUCUGUCACGUGAAGAGGGUGAUGAGUACGGCGGGGAGGUGACGCUAACCUUCACUUCAAAGAACAUCACCUUGAUUUUAGACCAGGCUGUAUUUUAUGGUGAAACUGCCCUAGUCACCAUAAACGCCACGCCUGACCUUAACAUUGCAGAAUUCUUGAAUAAUGACAAAUUGAAUCCACGAUUUGCCGAAGAGGAUCUCCGAUUUGUGACGCAAUAUGCGACAUUGAAACCCUCCACUGUCUACUACAGUGUGCAUCGCUCAUAA